GGUUUUCACCAUGGCUCCCUCGCGCACUGGCUAUGCCACUCUGAAGACUGUCAUGAUUUGCUUCAACACCAUUAUCCUUGUUGUCGGCUGCACCAUGGUGGGACUGGGCCUGUGGAUUAAACUGGGAAGCGCCUCCUUCGUCAGGGUCUUGGGCGCCACCUCGGUGUACUUUGCCCACGUCGGGUACUUCUGCAUCGUGGCGGGCAGCAUGGUGGUCGUGCUGGGGUUCAUGGGCUGCUGGGGCGCGGUGAAAGAGAACAGAUGCCUCCUGCUGACGUACUUCUUAAUAAUGCUGGUCAUCUUCAUCGCUGAAAUCGCAGCAGCUGUCGUCGUAUUCGCUUUCACGUCCUUCGCUCGCAGUAUCGUCCUAGACAAAUCGCUGGCUGCCUUGAAGAAGAAAUACAGCGGCUACAAACACGAUGAUAUCGUGUCCUAUGGAUGGAAUGCAUUCAUGCUGAAGCUGAACUGCUGCGGGGUUCAUAACUACACAGACUUUUCCGGCUCUGCCUUUCAAAUACGGACCAACCUGACUUAUCCCAAAAGCUGCUGCAAAGAUCCAACGAGCUCCGCAUGCAACGGACGCAACGUCAGCAGCGCGGUCAUCAACCAGGAGGUCACGGCCCGGUUUGGGGGUCGAAAAGGAAACUGUGGGAAUAGUGCUGUUAAAAACCUAGCCUGUGUCUGUUGGAGUCGGAGGGAGCAAGGGAGCACGUGGGGGAGCGAUCAGCACCCUGAUCUUGCAGCAAACGCUGCCUGGACGUCUACCUGCACCCACAGGGAUCUCAUGGCAGGAUCGGUGCCUAUGUGCUCUAAAUUCAAAACCAGAAAGCACCUUGUACACCCCUUAAGUGAAGGCCGUGGGGGCUAGUGGGCAGGGCACUGGGUUGGCUCUUCCUGCAGCAUGACUUUGGGCAAGCCACGCCCUCGUGCCUCAGUUUCCCUCUCUGUAAAGUGUGGGGGAAUAACGAUACAGCCCUCUUUUGGAAAGUGCUUUGGGAUCUAUGGAUUUAGGCACAGCCAUAGGCCAGUGGCCAGUCAGCCACGCAGGGGCUAAUUCCACCCCUACCCCACCCCCGCGUGAAGGGAAGAUACACUAGUUUGCCCAGCAAGU